AUGUCGAGCGCACUCAGCGAAAACUACGACGAAGUAGACAUUGACGUAAUGGAGUACGACGCAGCAACAGGAGUAUUUACAUACCCGUGCCCCUGCGGAGACAGGUUUGAAAUAAGUUUAGAAGAGCUGUGCAAUGGGGAAGAAAUAGCUUACUGUCCUUCGUGCUCAUUGGUGGUAAAAGUCAACUAUUUGCCAAAUGAUCUGGAAAAGAUACCCAUGGCAGCCCAGAAGAAAGCAGUUAAGCUGAACUAA